AUGAUGUUACCAACCGUACUUGUACUUGCUAGUGAUCCGGUAGCUAAUGUACGAUUUAAUGUAGCUAAGACAUUUCAACGCAUUCAUCCAAUACUUGAUGCAGAUGCAUUGGCUAUGCAUGUUAAACCUUGUUUAGAAAAAUUAACUCAAGAUGUUGAUCAUGAUGUUCAAUAUUUUGCAAGUGAAGCUUAUGAAAAACUACGAACUAUUCAUCAUAGUUAUCGUCAAAAGGAAGAUAUCGAUGAAUUGUAUCUUGUUCAAGAAAAAUACAACGAACAAUUAAAAUCGUUAUAUGAAACAUCAAAUAAAGCAAAAGCUGAAAUUGAAUCACGUACGGAUAAAACAUAA